GCUGAGAAGGUCGACGAAAUCUUCACCACAAUCCGUCCCCGUGGCACCACACCCACCGGUCAGCGCCUCUAUGUCAUCCUCCGGUCUUACCUUCAGCUCCUAGAAAGCAAGAAUCACGAUGUCGAGAGCGUCAAGCCGAUCAAUAUUAUCCUCAUCACCGACGACGCGCCCUCGGACAAUGUCGAGUUGACUAUCAUUACUGCGGCUAAGACGCUCGAUAAGCUUACCGCACCCAUGCACUAGGUGGGCGUGCACUUCUUCCAAAACGAGCCCGGCGAGCGUGAGGCGCUUCGGUGGCUCGAUGAAGAUCUUGUCGGUAGGAUUGACGGCGAUCUUCGCGAUAUGGUUGAAACCGUCACCUGGGAGAACGGUAACAUCCUCAAGGUCGUCCUCGGCGCAGUGGUGGUCAGACGUCUCGACUGCCGUCGUACAAAUGGUAGCUAAACCAAAAGUAAAUGACUGCUUAGUGAAAACCCAUCAUCUUCCUUGUCAUUCAUGGAGACAUUGACAUGGAGCUACUGCUGGUCGAUCUCGGCCUGAGAACGAUUAGCUGAUCGAGUGGUUAAAGAACUUACAAUGUUGUGGCAAUGGUAAGCCCUAUCGUUACGUCGGGUGCUAGGAACAACAACUAAUAUGUAACUUCUGAUGUGUCAAGACUGUCAUGGCUGUUUAGCAUUAAAAGUUCGUCCUCUUCUCUCGA